AUGAAUCGCCUGUCACACUCAAUUCGUCGCAUCCCCUCACCGCGCCUAAUUCCCGCAUUGCAGAACCCAAUAUCCCUACGCCUUUACCCCAUGGCCCAAUUCUCAACCAAUACUAUGUCCCAGGCCUCAGCGGUUGUCGGCAAUGGCGAUACCAAGCCCAAUACCUGGCAGGGGGCGGGUGCCGCCGAGUUUGAUCUUCGAAGCGAUACGAUGACCAAGCCUACGGCAUCCAUGCUCGAAGCGAUUUGCCAGACUACCCUUCUUGACGAUGUUUUCAAUGAAGAUCCUGUCACCAAUGAGCUCCAACGCUAUGUCGCCGAGAUCACCAAACAUGAAGCCAGUCUGUUAGUCCUUUCCGGGACAAUGGGGAACCAGGUGGCUAUUCGUUCGCAUCUUGCGCAGCCGCCACAUUCAGUGUUGUGUGAUCACCGAUCCCACAUUAUUUGUUAUGAAGCGGGAGGUGUUAGCGCAUGGACUGGGGCUACUAUGCAGACAGUGGUGCCCAAAAAUGGGAUCCACCUGACGUUGGAGGAUAUCCAGAAGCAUGCAGUUCUAGACGACGAUAUUCACCACUGCCCCACAAAGCUGAUCAGCCUAGAGAACACCCUCGAUGGAAUGAUCAUGCCGCUCACUGAGGCGAAGCGAAUCGUAGAAUGGGCUCAUUCUCACGACAUCAAAGUUCAUCUCGAUGGCGCCCGUCUGUGGGAGGCUGUCGUGGCGGGCGCAGGUAGUUUGCCCGAGUAUGCUGCUUUAUUUGACAGUGUCAGUCUUUGCUUCACCAAGGGCCUCGGGGCCCCGAUUGGCAGCAUCAUUGUCGGUCCCCAGGAUUUCAUCAAAAAGGCACGUUGGUUCCGCAAAUCCAUCGGCGGUGGUGCCCGACAAACAGGUAUCAUAGCAGCCGCCGCCCAGGUUGCACUCAAGGAGACCUUCGGGACGGAUCCAUGUGGACAGGGUGGGAAGCUUGCAGCAACCCACGUUAAAGCCAAGCAGGUGGCCGAUCUAUGGACCAGCCGUGGUGGCAAGUUGGAAAAACCGCCGCAAACCAAUAUGGUGUGGUUGGAUCUGGAAGCAUCAGGGGUAGGACCUAACGAUCUGUCGUUGAUUGGACAGGAAAAAGGACUGAAGCUGUCCGGUGGUCGUAUUGUGGUCCAUUAUCGUACGUUUUUGGAUUUGUUCGAAAAACAAACACUGAUAUCUGACCUGUCACAGAAGUAUCGGACCAGGCGAUCGCUCUCCUGGAGCAAGUGUUUGAUACUGCCCUCAGCGGCGAGUACCAAAGAAGCCAAGAUACCAGCAAGCCUUACGGAACCAGAUAGCAUAUUCCAGUUAAAAAAUAGUGCUAGUGUUGAUCAAGUAUUCCGUAUUUCAACCCCUAACCUACAACCCCUACCGCUAAGCACCAAUGCAGUGCAUUUGGUCCAUUUUUUUCCCUAA